CGUAUCGGCCGUCUGGUGACCCGCGCCGCCGCCACAGGAGGCAAGGUGGAGGUGGUGGCCAUCAAUGACCCCUUCAUCGAUCUGGACUACAUGGUCUACAUGUUCAAGUACGACUCCACUCACGGUGUGUGGAAGCACGGAGAGGUGAAGUCCGAGGGCGGCAAGCUGGUCAUCGGCAACAUGCACAUCACGGUCUUCCACGAGAGGGACCCCGCCAACAUCAAGUGGAGCGAUGCCGGCGCCGACUACGUUGUGGAGUCCACCGGUGUUUUCACCACCAUCGAGAAAGCCUCCGCUCACCUGAAGGGCGGCGCCAAGAGGGUGGUGAUCUCUGCCCCCAGCGCUGACGCUCCCAUGUUCGUCAUGGGCGUCAACCAGGACAAGUACGACAACUCCAUGAAGGUCGUCAGCAACGCCUCCUGCACAACCAACUGCCUGGCUCCCGUCGCCAAGGUCAUCAACGACAACUUCGUCAUCGUUGAGGGUCUCAUGAGCACCGUCCACGCCAUCACCGCCACACAGAAGACCGUCGACGGGCCCUCCGGUAAGCUGUGGAGGGACGGACGUGGAGCCUCACAGAACAUCAUCCCCGCCUCCACCGGAGCCGCCAAGGCCGUCGGCAAGGUCGUCCCCGAGCUGAACGGUAAACUGACCGGCAUGGCUUUCCGUGUCCCCACACCCAACGUCUCUGUGGUUGAUCUGACCGUCCGUCUGGAGAAGCCCGCCAAGUAUGACGACAUCAAGAAGGUGAUCAAGGCCGCUGCUGAGGGACCCAUGAAGGGAAUUCUGGGAUACACAGAGGACCAGGUUGUGUCCACAGACUUCAACGGUGACUGUCGCUCCUCCAUCUUUGACGCCGGCGCCGGCAUCGCCCUCAACGACCACUUUGUCAAGCUGGUUUCAUGGUACGACAACGAGUACGGCUACAGCCACCGUGUGUGCGACCUCGUCCUGCACAUGUUCUCCAAGGAGUAAAGUCCUGAAGCUACUCCUGCUUUUCCUUCCCAUGAUUCCCUCCUUCUUCACCUGUAACCGGGAGCAAACAAUCCUCUA